CAAUCAGAAUGAGAGAUGAUAGCCGUGAACCAAUCAAAAGGGAGAACACGUUCCCGGAAAUUCCUUUCAAGAAAGGGCAGGAUGACUCCGCAGGGGGCGGGGCUUAGUCCGAGGCAGUCCCGGGGCCAAGAUGGCGGAAGCAAAGAGUAGACGUUUGCAGUGAGGAAGGCAACACAGUGCGCCUGCGCGCAGGUCUGGACUCCUCAUCGCCAUGGACUUUUCCAAGUUCCUGGAGGAGGACUUUGAGGUGAAGUCCUGGGUGAACGGAGCCUUCCGGGCCAUGCAGCAGGAAGCCCCUGGCAAAGUGGAUGCCCACGCGGCCACUCUGGUCAUGAAGCUCCAGCUUUUCAUCCAGGAGGUCAACAACGCUGUGGAGGAAACCAGCCAGCAGGCCCUGCAGAGCAUGCCCAGGGUCCUGCGGGAGGUGGAGGCCCUGAAGCAGGAGGCGGCCUUCCUGAAAGAGCAGAUGGUGCUGGUGCGGGAGGAUAUCAAGAAGCUGGAGCAGGACACGGCUCAGUCCAUGCAGGUCUUAGUCCAACUGGACCAGGUGAAAUCCCGGAUGCAGAUGGCCGCAGACUCGCUCCAGGAGGCAGACAAGUGGAGCACCCUCAGCGCCGACAUUGAGGAGACAUUUAAGACCCAGGACGUCUCAGUCAUCUCGGCCAAGUUGACCAGCAUGCAGAGCAGCCUGGCCGUGCUGGUGGACACCCCGGAUUACUCUGAGAAGUGCGUCCACUUGGAGGCUCUCAAGAACCGUCUGGAGGCCCUGGCCAGUCCCCAGAUCGUGGCAGCUUUCAACGCUCAGUCUGUGGACCAGUCCCGAGUGUUUGUGAAAGUUUUCACAGAAAUCGACCGCAUGCCCCAGCUGCUGGCUUACUAUUACAAAUGCCACAAGGUGCAGCUGGUGUCGGCUUGGCAAGACCUGUGCCAGUCCGACCUCCCUUUGGACCGUCAGCUGACGGGGCUCUAUGACCUGCUGCUGGAGACCUGGCAUACGCAGCUGCAGUGGGCCAUGCAGGUUUUCAAGUCCCCGCAUCAGGUGGUGACCGUGCUGCUGCUCCAGGCCUUGGGGGCCUUGGCACCCCCCAUCCCGGCCUGCCUGAGUUUGGCGAUGGAGCGUGCCGGACCCGAGGUCAAGCUGGGCCUCCUGCUGAGCCUCUAUGAGACCACCACCUUCUUUGCCCAGGGCCUGGAAGCUGCCAUGAUGCCUUGCCUGAAGGACUGCAACCUGGUGAAGGUGGGGGAGCUGGUGGAAGCCACGUACGGCCCUUACAAGCCCUUCCAGUUGCAAUACAGGGCCUUGGAGGAGGAGAACCUGCUCAUCCAAAUGAGCGCCGUCCCACUGGAGCAUGGAGAGAUCCUCGACUGUGUCCAGGAGCUGAGCCACUCGGUUAGCAAGCUCUUUGGCCUGGCCUCGGCCGCCGUGGACCACUGUCUCCAGCUGACUGAUGGCCUCGGCGUGGGUGGCCUCCUCAAGGCCCUGAGGGCCCUCUUCCACAAAUACUCCUCGGACUUCAGCAACGCCUUGCUCUCCAUCCGAAAGAAAUGCCAGUUGGAUGAGAUCCCAUCGGAUUCGCUCUUCCAGGAAGACUGGGGUGCUUUCCAGACGGCCGUCCGCAUCAUUGGGACCUGUGGGGAGCUCCUGUGCCAGUGCGGAGACUUUGAGCAACAGCUGGCAAACAGGAUCCUCUCCAGGGCGGGCAAGUACCUCUCGGACUCCUACAGCCCCUGCAGCCUGAGCGGCCUCCAGGAACCCUCUCCGGAGAAGCACAGCCCCUUCAAGAACCCCUGGCAGGAGCACAACUACCUCCAGGCAGAGAGCCCGGCUGAAUACGCGGCCCUCCUGGAGACCCUCUACACGCUCAAAGAGAAAGGGACCAGCCAUAACUUGCUUUCGUCCUCGCGCUCGGCCCUCGCCCGCCUCAACCAGUCGGCCCACCAGCUGGCCUUCGAGUCCGUUUUCCUUCGCAUCAAGCAGCAGCUCCUGUUGGUCCCCAAGAUGGAGGCCUGGAGUACCGGAGGCAGCGGAGAGAUGCUCACGGACGAUCUGCCCAACUUCAGCCUCACCCCCCUGGAAUACAUCAGCAAUAUCGGCCAGUACUUGAUGUCCCUCCCGCUCCAUCUGGAGCCCUUUGUGACGACCCAGGAGGACUCGGCCCUGGAGCUGGCCCUGCACGCCGGGAAGCUCCCCUUCCCCCCGGAGCAAGGCGAUGAGCUUCCAGAGCUGGACAACAUGGCUGACUACUGGCUAGGCUCCCUGGCCAGGGCCACCAUGCAGACGUACUGCGAGGCCAUUCUCCAGAUCCCUGAGCUCAGCCCGCACUCCGCCAAGCAACUGGCCACGGAUAUUGACUACCUGGCCAACGUGAUGGACGCGCUGGGCCUCCAGCCCUCCAAGGCUCUCCAGAACACUGUCACCCUCCUCAAGACCAAACCCGAGGACUACAAGCAGGUGGCCAAGGGCUUCCCCCGGCGCUUGGCCAGUACUGUCGCAUCCAUGCGGAGCCUGGACUAUUGAGUCCGCAGCGGGGCUUUGGGGCAGAGCCCUCCGGGGCCCCACUGUUUGUGCCUGGAGUUCCCCCGUCCUGCCUCGCAGUGUCGUCGUGCGUCUUCCUGGCGCUGAACUGCAGAGAAACUGUGCUGAGCAACCCAGAGACUUCGCAGCACAGAUGUCGCCUUUUGGAAAGGGCUUGGUUGGUUAUUUGAGUGAACUGUUGAGAUUUGUAAAUUAAUAAAACUCUUUAGCAGUG